CGCUGUUAGCCGCGGCGGGGGAGCUGCGGCUGCUGUGCUUGGAAUUGAGCUCAGAGUCGGGGCUCCGGCACUCCGCUGUCGGGUCCACCGCCAGCCGCAGCGGUGGGGAGCCGAGUUCCCAGCGCCCGGCCGCCGUCGGUGCCGGAUGCCUGUGUGCUCGGAUCGGAAGAGCCUCUUUGUGUGGAUGGGAAGGAUGGAGCCGGAGGAGCAGUGGUGGAAAGGGCAGCUGGCGAGCGACAUCCACCAGACGCUGAGAGUCAAGGAACUGAAGCUGCCUAUCUACAAGGCUCAUUCACCACAGAUUGGCUUGCGCCGCUAUUUUGCUGACCUCCUUGCCAUCCUGAGCAAUCGUUACCAGCUCUGUCCUACAGCACGUCACCUUGCUGUUUACUUACUAGACCUCUUCAUGGACCACUACGAUGUUGCAGCAAAACAGCUUUAUGUCAUUGCCCUUUCCUGUCUCCUCCUAGCUAGCAAAUUUGAAGAGAAAGAAGAUCGAGUGCCAAAGUUGGAACAGCUCAACAGCUUGGGUUUCAUGAGCAGUCUGCACCUCGUGCUGAACAAACGAGACCUGCUGCAGAUGGAGCUGCUGCUGCUGGAGACUUUCAACUGGAACCUUUGCAUGCCCACAGCGGCACACUUCAUCGACUACUACCUCUCUGGCUCUGUCCACGAGAGUGACCUCCACAAUGGCUGGCCGCUCACCUCCAUUGCCAAAACCAAAGCCUUCAUGGAAAAAUAUGCCCAUUAUUUUUUAGAAGUUUCACUUCAAGAUCACAGCUUUCUGACUUUUCGUCCAUCAUUGGUAGCAGCUGCCUGUAUUACAGCUUCCCGUAUUUGUUUACACAUCAGUCCGUCCCUGACCGCUCACCUUCACCUGCUGACUGGGUAUACGUGGGAGCACCUGACUGCCUGUGUUGAGCUCAUGCUGAUUGCCCAUGAUAAUGACGUCAAAGAAGCCAACAAAACCAAAGGACAACAGUCAACUCUACAACAGCAAACAACAGUGCAACAGCAACAUCAACACCAGUCCUCACCGCAGCUCUUGUUCCAGCAGGGUCAAUAUCAACACUUCACCCAGAACUCCUCACAGCUUGUACAGUUCCAUUCGCCGUUGCAACCUCAGGCUUCAGUUCAGGCCCAUAGGAGCCACGUGCAGGGCCGCCGAGCUGCCAUUGUCUCAGGAAGUACCGGCAGCAGCUAUACACUACAGUCAUACCCAGGUUUGCAGGCCAGCCUACAGCCCACAGUAAGGGCUCUGCCUGUUCAGGGACCCAUAGCUAUGCAGGUUGCCAUAACUGCGGAGCCCAGACACUGCAUCGCUGUGGCCUAUGGUAGCAAUUUUUUAAGUGGACAUCAAACAUAUGCAACUGGCUGUUUUGACAGAUGACAGUAAUUGCAAUAAUGCUUUUUCUAAAACCAUCCUCCCGAACUGGUAAAUAUCAUCUACUUUUCAACGUUGGAAGCUCUCUCUUAGAAGGGACACAAUUUGUUACGCUGAGUUAACUUUUUAUUUUGGAUAUGCAAAAGAAUGCAUUUGCCAUGCAGCUUUUCUUGUUACAAUUUUUCUGGAACUAUGCUAAUUACAUUAGACUGAGAAUGCCCCAGUGUUGGUAUUCUGUACAAACAUUUUUGAGACUAAAUAGUCCACUGGGAUGUCAGGAAGCCAUAUGAAAAUAUUUUAAUAGAUUUGGAGAAGAAAAGGAUACUUUUUUUGAAGAUGAUUUUUAAGCUGCUGCCUUAAUUCACAUAAAGGGCUGUUAUUACUGUGACAUUUUUAUAUUGUUUACUUGAAAGCUAUUGCGGGGGUGGGGGGGGCACUUUUUUUUUACUUGAAGGCAAUGUUGUUAGCCCCACUUGUGUUAAUUUAACACAUGUUGCCUGCGAUGUUCUGGUAUUUUACCCAGGGAGUAUUGAGAGACAUUUGCGAGUGCAAUAUGGUUUGUGUCUUAGCUGUACCUUCACUUUAUACUGUUUACGGCACUGUAUCCUGUUUCAUUUGCAUAACUGGCAAGGCAAUGUUGCAGCAAUUGACUUCUUACAUUAAGACUGCUGCUAAUCACAGUAAUUGUAACCAUCCCAGACAAUGAUUGCCUGAUGCAUUUGUGAAUCAAUACUUUUUCAUUUUGGGUUGAGGGGGAGGGCACGUGGUAUGAGAGAUGCACUCACUGGUUCAAUAUAUAUCACUGCUCUUCAGCAAAGGUAACCUACUGAAAAUUUUAAGUUUAGAAACAGAGAUAUUUAGAGGAUAGAUUAGUAACAUAGAACUAAUAUUUAAACUUUUUUUGGAUUCAACACUGGCUGCUUAGAAAGAGAACAAGAGAACUCUGCUUGGUUGUAUCGAUGGUGAAACCAAGGAGCUGGCACAACCAAACAAGCUAGGUGAGAGUCCCUGUGCACAUGUGAGGGUAAAUUUCCCAAUGAUUAAAAGCUCAUUAAGGCCUCUUGAGAUUUCGCAGAAGGGAAACAAAAUAAUAAAUACCUCUUGCUGUUAUUGUUGAUCAUAAAUACAAGACAAUUACCUCAGGAUAACUUGGGUUCUCCUUAUAUCUGGCCUGAGUUUCACCUCCACAGUAUUGAAGAUGACAACUAACAGUACUGGAGUACUACAGACAUCCACUAUUUACAUUGUUUUUUUCUGAUGCAGAGGAAUCCAAAGAGGCUUUCUUAACUACUUUUCGUAAAAUGCCUAUAUUUGGGAUCUUCUUUCAGUUCAGACUCAAAAUUUAACAAGCUGUAAUCUUAAAGAUCUUGUUUCAGUAAAUAUAUGGCAUAUUUCAUUUUCACUGUAAUUAUUUUUUGUUGAAUUUUUAAGUGUUCAUAUUUAAGCUAAGAUUACUGCCUAAUUGAAGCAAAUUGUUACUUGGCCUCACCCAUCCCUAGUGGGGCACUGGUGAGGAGCUUCCUACAAAUGACCUGAGGAUCUGCAAUUUAAGGAAGGAGAAUUAGUCUGGACUCUCAUCCUUGAUCACUAUCCCGUAGCACACUGCAGGGAUUGUUCAUGCAUGGACAGAAUCGAACUUGGCUGUAAUCAUUUCCCCAAUUGAAUUUCCCACUAACACUAACUGUCCAGGUUCACGCAUGAAUAAUGUCCACUUGGGCAAAGUACCGGAGGGGUUGAUAUUUCCUGUAAUGGAGAGCGACAAAAAAUAUAAAGCAAGUCCUUUCUUAAUUUGCAUGUAAAGAAAUUUAGCUAUAACUCUGAACUUAUAUCUAAAGACUCUAGUUUUCUUUUAGAUUUUGUAAAAAAAAAAAUUUCAGGAAGGGAGAAUUGUUUAAGACUUUUCAUCAUUUUAGAUUUUUCAGUUUUUAAUGUAGUGGAAGUUUUGGACUCAUGGGGCGAGUGACUUAGUGCAAUGUGUUAGUUAGACCUCUAAAUAAUCCAGUUUUUUCUUUCUUUGUGUCAUGUCUUGUUCUAAUGAACUGUGGCCUUUGUCUAUUGCAGCGGGAAUGGCUUCCAUGUAUGUUCCAUAGGCUUUGUCAGAGGCCAUUUGGAAGUGAAUGCAAACAGGUGAACAUAGCAAAUAGUUUAAUAACUUGGAGUUUAGUUAAAAAACCACUGUAGUUUAUGUAAAUGCUUCAGCGUCAAUUAGUGCUGGAAAGUCCCACUCCCAGGAAGUCACUCCAGUAUGGAAUAUGAAGAAUACUGUUGCCAAGAUGAAACAGCUUUGCAUUUACCCUUGGGUUGCACAGAUUAGUCAAUUUUAGAUCAGUCAUCAAAUCAAAAAUAUACAGCAGUUGGUUGAACUGCUGUCUGCGUGCAGCUGGUACAGUGCAUUCCACAUGAUUUGUGGUAGCAAGAGAGCAAGCUCUGAUUUUUGUUUCAGUUCAAUGGCUGACAGUGCCAUUAGAAGCAGCUGGUACUCAUUCAGCAUGCUGUUGUGUUAUGACAUCAUUGCACUUGACAUCAAAUGUGUGCUGAACCAGCAGUUUGUACUUUUAUAAAAUAAAUAUAGAGAUAGUUUUAACUUGUCCAAAAAUCCAACUCUUGAUAAAUUAUUUAUUUUUUAAGAAGAAGCUUAUUAAAUGUAACACAUUGAGAUGAAUUCCCCUGCAGAACUUUUUUAACCUCUGAUCAAAUUCUGACCUCAAUCUGCCUGAAGUUCUUGGCCUGUGUUUAUUUUUAAAAAGUUGUUUAACAUAACUAAACAAUCUCGUUACAAGACAGGUUCAUUGAGGAAUGACUACCCUAGAGACAUUUCACACAGUGUCAGACAGUGUGUUUAAAAGUGCCUUCUGCAUCUCAAUCUUGACAUUUUUAAUACUUUAUACGUAUAAAUUGCCGUGCAGGGUAGCAUCAAAGGUUUACUUUUACAAAUUUAAGAAAUGGAUGCAUAAUUACUUUUAAGGCUUAUAGCCAUUUUUGACUUGCAUCUUAUGAUGAGACAUGAAUUGGUUUUCUUAAAAGUACGUGGAAUGGAAUGUGAUGGCAGAGUCAAUAAAAGUCAUUGUGUGGCUUAUGCUUUAGGAGGUUGGAAAUCUUCUGCAUAAGAUUUACCAGACUGGUUGACUGAGAUACUGUCUUUUAAAUGCAGACAUUGUUUAAGAUUUUGAAAUGACUGAGCACACAAUUGAGGAUGUACUAAGUGUCAUUUUGUGCAUCCUAUUAAUUAGAUACUGCAACCAGUAACUACUUUAAUGAAUAGAAGUAGGAUAAUACACAUUGUAUUAGACGAGACAGGAUAAUGUAAGAUGCAUUCUAGUGAAUAUGUGAAGGAAUUGUGAGUCAAAUUGCAAAUGUGACAAUACUGUCAAACCGUGAGAAACCAAGUGGAGUAACUAGCGACCAAAAAUAUUAUCGUAGUUCCGACCUGCUAUACAAAGUUAGCUCAUUUUAUUCCUGUCCAGAGAUGUUCUGUUUUAAAGGGUCCUCUUUAAUGGCACAAUAUGCCAAAUAUCCAUGUAUUCUCAAGAACUGUAAGACAAGAGUCAAAUACCUGCUGAAUGAUACACUAAUAUUUGCUAGUAAUGUUAUUUAAAUAAAUCUUAGAUCUGGCUAAUUGAAGUUUAAGCAAAUAUGACUGUAAAAUCCUGUGUACUUUUUAAAAAUAAAUGCCAGUCUAUUAA